AUGGCAGAAGCGCGGCGGGAGAGCACCAGCAGCCUACAGAGGAAAAAGCCUCCAUGGCUGCGAUUGGACAUUCCGACCGCUCAGAUGUCACUGGAUGAGCCACCCACUUUUGUUCAGCCUAUAAAGAGGCAAGGCUUCCUGCGUAGCAUCAGCAUGCCCGUGGAGACGUCUCACCUCCAGUCGCCACCGCCGCGAGACUUUUUUGAUAGCCGGCGGCCGGCCUUGCAGCGACAGUCGUCCAUCACUCAGACCAUCAAGAGCAGCAGGCGGGUUCACUUUGAGCGGAUUAACACGGUGCCUGUUAAGGGCCAGCGAGCUGCCCGCCGCAGCGCCAGGAAGCACCACUCGCUCUCCAGAACCCUGCUCAGGGGCACGGCUGACUGGUUCGGGGUGAGUAAGGACGGCGACGCCACGCAGAAAUGGCAGCGCAAGAGUCUCCGCCACUGCAGCCUGCGCUACGGCAAGCUCAAACCGCAGGUGAUCCGUGAGAUGGAUCUGCCCAGCCAAGACAACAUCUCUUUGGCCAGCACUGAGACGCCGCCUCCGCUCUAUGUGCCCUCCUCGUCACAUGGCAUGCAGAAGAUCAUCGACCCGCUGGCCCGCGGCCGGGCCUUCCGCAUGGUCGAAGAGGUGGACGGGUACAGCGUACCGCAGACACCCAUCACACCCGGAGCUGCGUCGCUCUGCUCCUUCACCAGUUCUCGCUCGGGCCUCAACCGGAUACCUCGUCGACGCAAGAGGGAAUCAGUGGCCAAGAUGAGCUUCAGGGCGGCGGCGGCGCUGGUCAAGGGGCGCUCCAUAAGAGACAGCACCUUGCGGAGGACCCAUAGACGAAGCUUUACUCCCGCCAGCUUCAUGGAAGAAGACAUUGACUUUCCUGAUGAGCUGGACACAUCUUUCUUUGCCCGGGAUGUUCUGAUGCACGAAGAUUUGUCAACGUAUACGGACGAGGUGUUUGAGUCGCCGUCGGAGGCGGCGAUGAAAGAGGCGGAGCACGGAAACAAGAAGGACGAGAUGGAGCUAACGGGAAGCGCGCUUGAUAAAACGGCACUAGAGAGGAGUCACCUGAUGUUACCUUUGGAGAGAGGGUGGCGUAAAGCCAAAGAGGGUGCCCCGGGCCCGCCCAAGGUGCCCUUGCGUCAGGAGGUGGUGAGCGUCAACGGGCAACGGCGCGGUCAGCGCAUCGCUGUGCCAGUCAAGAAGCUUUUCGCUCGCGAGAAGAGGCCUUACGGGCUUGGAAUGGUGGGCAAGCUAACCAACCGCACGUACCGCAAACGCAUCGACAGCUACGUCAAGCGGCAGAUCGAGGACAUGGACGACCACAGGCCUUUUUUUACAUACUGGAUCACCUUUGUCCACAUGCUUAUCACCAUCCUGGCUGUCUGCAUCUACGGUAUUGCGCCGGUGGGCUUCUCCCAACACCAGACGGUUGAUUCAGUGUUAAGAAACAGAGGUGUCUACGAAAAUGUCAAGUUUGUACAGCAGGAGAACUUCUGGAUCGGGCCGAGCUCGCAGGCUCUGAUCCACCUGGGGGCCAAAUACUCUCCAUGCAUGCGGCAGGACAAGCAAGUGCACGAGUUCAUCAGGGAAAAACGAAAUUUUGAACGCAACUCUGCGUGCUGCGUGCGCAACGAUCGCUCCGGAUGCCUACAGACCUCCGAGGAGGAGUGCUCGAGCACUCUGGCUGUGUGGGUGAAGUGGCCACAGCAUCCCAGCAGGCCUCAAUUAAACGGGAAAGACAGACAGUUCGGCUCCGUCUGCCAUCAGGAUCCCAGGACAUGUCUGGAGCCUGCCUCGGGGCCCCCAUACGAGUGGCCUGAUGACAUCACCAAGUGGCCAAUUUGCACAAGGUACAACACAGGGAACCACACCAACCUGCCUCACAUUGACUGCACCAUCACGGGCCGACCCUGCUGCAUCGGAACCAAAGGAAGGUGUGAAAUCACAUCCCGGGAAUAUUGUGUCUUCAUGAAAGGUUAUUUUCAUGAGGAAGCCACUCUCUGCUCACAAGUGCAUUGCAUGGAUGAUGUAUGUGGACUGCUGCCUUUCCUCAACCCUGAGAUCCCGGAUCAGUUUUACAGACUCUGGCUCUCGCUCUUCCUGCACGCAGGGGUCCUUCACUGCAUGGUGUCAGUGGCAUUCCAGAUGACAAUCUUGAGGGACCUAGAGAAGCUGGCGGGAUGGCUGCGCAUCUCCAUCAUUUACAUCGUCAGCGGCAUCACCGGCAACCUGGCGUCGGCCAUCUUCUUGCCGUACAGAGCCGAGGUGGGACCGGCGGGCUCACAAUUCGGCAUCCUGGCCUGUUUGUUCGUGGAAUUGUUCCAGAGCUGGCAAAUCCUGGCGCAACCUUGGCGGGCCUUCACCAAGCUGCUCUGCGUGGUGCUCUUUCUGUUCGCCUUCGGACUGCUGCCGUGGAUUGACAACUUUGCGCACUUCAGCGGCUUCGUCUCGGGCUUCUUCCUGUCGUUCGCCUUCUUGCCCUACAUCAGCUUCGGCCGCAUGGACCUGUACCGCAAACGCUGCCAGAUCAUCGUCUUCCUGCUGGUGUUUGUGGGUCUCUUCUCGGGCCUGGUCGUGCUCUUCUACGUCUACCCCAUCAAGUGCGAGUGGUGCGAGCUGCUCACCUGCAUCCCCUUUACGGACAAAUUUUGCGAGAAGUAUGACCUCAACGCGCACCUCCGCUGA